AUGACGCCCAAGUCCACGCCGGAGAGCCCCACGAAGGACGAGCCGUGGAUGUGGUGCCUCGCGCGAGGGCAAAAGCGCGCGGACGCGCUCCCGCCGUUCGCGUAUAAAGAGCUCAAGCCGCACCCGAUCAUGACGCCGAGAAACGCGUUGCAUCUCCGAGACCCCGACUACGCCGAGACCGCGGAGCCCAUCUCCGAGCAAGAGUCAAAGCUCCAGCAGAUUUGCGUGCAGUACUCCCCGGAGCAGAUCAACGUCCUGCGCGAGACGUGCGUCGUCGCGCGCGGGGCGUUGGACGCGGUCGUGCGCGCGGCGCGCGUCGGCGUGACGACGGAGGAGCUCGAUAAGAUUUGUCACGCGUACAUCACCGCGCACGGAGGCUACCCGUCGCCGUUGAACUACUACAACUUCCCCAAGUCGUGCUGCACGAGCGUGAACGAGGUCAUCUGCCACGGGAUACCGGACGCGCGGCCGCUGCAGGACGGCGACGUGUUGAACGUCGACGUCACGGCGUACCUUCGCGGCUACCACGGCGACUUGAACGAGACGGUGUGCGUAGGGAACUGCGACGAAAAGUCGAAGAAGCUCCUGAUGACGGCGUACAAGUGCCUCUUCAGGGCGAUCGAGGGCGUGAAGCCCGGGGCGCGGUAUCGCGACAUCGGCGAGGAGGUCACUCGAGUCGCGCACAGGAGGGACGCGAGCGUCGUGAAGAGCUACUGCGGGCACGGGAUCGGGACGUUGUUUCACUGCGCGCCGAACGUGCCGCACUACGCGAAGAACAAAGCCGUCGGCGCGAUGAAAACCGGCCACGUGUUUACGAUCGAGCCGAUGAUAAACGCGGGCGAUUGGAAGGAUGCGACGUGGCCGGACGGGUGGACGGCGGUGACGAAGGACGGGAGCAGGAGCGCGCAGUACGAGCACACGAUGGUCGUGACGGACGACGGCGUGGACGUGCUGACGGCGAGGAACGAGAAGAGUCCGCGGGUGUUUCCGUGGACGGAUCCGGAUCAUCUGAGCACGGAGCCGUAG